UCAGAAGAGAACGGCUUGGCUGUACCCUAAUAGAGCGGGGUGGAGUGUCUCUGGGCCUGGGGGGAGCUUCCCGAGCGUCUCACCGCCCCCGUCGUCCCUAAGCGUGGUGUUCCCUUUCUGCACCGAGAACCACCAUUGCUCCUAAUUACAAGACUGUUCAACAAAUACCACAUGCCGAAUACCAGUCAUGGUUUUUCGAUGGUGAGGCUACGUCAGUAAACACUCUCAGUGCGGUUUCUGUUCUCAUAGAGCUCACCUUCUAGUCGGGGCACACAGAAAUAAAAAAGCAAACGAGAUAAUUUUGUAAUGGAGGGGCUGUGGUGAACUUUACUGAUGGCCUCUGAGGGGAUGGAUAAGGCGACAGAAAGAUGGCCUUGGUCUUUGGUGACCUCAACGAGAUCAGUUUGAAUGGAACCCUAGGACAGAAGUCUGGCUGGAGUGGAGGAGAGGAGUGGAGCGAGAGAUGAAAUUUUUCCAAGCUUUUAGAGUGAAGGGAGUAGAGAAAUGGGUCUGUGGAUCAACUGGGGAAUGGUGUCUUUUGCUUUUUUUUUUUUUUUUCUUUUAAUUAACUGGAAGAUAGAAGAGCCUGAUACGCUGAUGGGUCUGAUCCAGCAGAGCGGGAGGGUUUGCUGAAGCUGCACCAAGGAAACAGAGGUUAAGUUACAGAGCAUCUGUGGAAUGGUCUUUCAUAAGGCUACAUAUUAACAAGAGGGGUUAAAAUCUAAUAUUUAUAUAAGACAGAAGAGAAAGAUGUCCUUCCGUAAAGUAAACAUCAUCAUCCUGGUCCUGGCUGUUGCUCUCUUCUUACUGGUUUUGCAUCAUAACUUCCUCGGCCUGAGCAGUUUGCUAAGGAACGAGGCUUCAGAUUCAGGAAUUGUGGGGUUUCAGCCCAUAGACUUUGUCCCAAAUGUUCCCCGACAAGCUGUAGACGGGAGACAAGAGGAGAUUCCUGUGGUCAUUGCUGCAUCUGAAGAUAGGCUCGGGGGGGCCAUUGCAGCUAUUAACAGCAUUCAGCACAACACUCGCUCCAAUGUGAUGUUCUACCUUGUUACACUCAAUGGUACAGCAGACCAUCUCCGGUCCUGGCUCGGCAGCAGUACCUUGAAAAGCAUCAGGUACAAAAUUGUGACUUUUGACACUAAACUUUUGGAAGGGAAAGUAAAGGAGGAUCCUCACCAGGGGGAAUCCGUAAAACCAUUAACCUUUGCUAGGUUCUACUUGCCAAUUCUGGUUCCCAGUGCAAAGAAGGCCAUUUAUAUGGAUGAUGAUGUAAUUGUGCAAGGGGAUAUUCUUGCCCUUUAUAAUACACCACUGAAGCCAGGACAUGCAGCUGCAUUUUCAGAAGAUUGCGACUCAGCCUCUACCAAAGUUGUCAUCCGUGGAGCAGGGAACCAAUAUAAUUACAUCGGCUAUCUUGACUAUAAAAAGGAAAGAAUUCGUAAACUUUCCAUGAAAGCCAGCACCUGCUCAUUUAAUCCUGGAGUUUUUGUUGCAAACCUGACAGAAUGGAAAAAACAGAAUAUAACUAACCAGCUGGAAAAAUGGAUGAAACUCAAUGUAGAAGAGGGGCUGUACAGCAGAACGCUGGCUGGCAGCACCACCACACCUCCUCUGCUGAUUGUAUUUUAUCAACAGCACUCUACCAUCGACCCCAUGUGGAACGUCCGCCACCUUGGUUCCAGUGCUGGAAAACGAUAUUCACCCCAGUUUGUAAAGGCUGCCAAGUUACUCCAUUGGAAUGGUCACUUUAAGCCAUGGGGAAGAACUGCUUCCUAUUCUGAUGUCUGGGAAAAAUGGUAUAUUCCAGACCCAACAGGCAAGUUCAGCCUGAUCCGAAGACAUAUGGAGAUCUCAAAUACAAAAUAAAAUGUAAUUUAUGCUAUAAGCAUUUCUCAGGAAAUCCUGGAAGACAGUAUGUGUGGGAAGUAACAGUUGCAAGGCUUCCAAGCCAAUCUGCGGCAACCCAUGGAAAAAAGAACAUUUCAGCUGGGUAAAGAGGACAGACUACCCUGGCUAACAGACAAUAAAUGUCUCCCAUCUGCCUUACCAAGUGUUUGCUUACAACCAUGCUGAAUGACCAGAGGUGAAUGGACUGACAGGGAUGGUACAGCUAAUUCAACACUGCUGCUUGGUUUUAAUUUUGUAACCUUAACCUGUGAUCUGAGCUGUUAAUAAAGUGAAACCUACGUUUUUCAA